AUGGUUAAAUUUAUUCCAUAUUUGAGAUUCAUAUCCCAAUCCCUUGAGGAGCGAAUUCACUGCUACCAGGUUCUUGAUGAUAGUGGUCGGCAAAUUUUCUCUAGCAAUUCUAUUGAGGUUGGUGAAGAUAUUGCUGUAAAAAUGUAUACUGACAUGGCCACACUCCAAGUUAUGGACACUGCAUUCUACGAAGCACAAAGGCAAGGAAGAAUUUCCUUUUAUGUCACCACAACUGGAGAAGAGGCCAUCAACAUUGCAUCUGCAGCGGCACUUAGAUUGGAUGACCUUGUCUUCCCUCAGGUAUUCCCUCCACCCUGUAUAAUUUGCAUUUGUGUGUGCAUCCUAGACUAA